UCAUGUAUUAAUACCAUCAUCGUUUCGUCACCCAAAAGGACAGACCACAGAUACCCUUCGUCUUCACCAAAGUUUCGGUUCUUUGUACAGCCGCCAGUGCUCAUGCCUGCAGAGAGUCAUAUGCGUAUGCAUUCGAAGAACGUGAUCAUCAUCGGUCCAUCUGGGGCGGGAAAAAGCUCCCUCAUUAACAUGCUUUCUUCCGAGGCCAAUGCUCGUACCUCGGGCGACACAAUCGGCUGCACACAGUCAGAGGGGGUGUACACAUGUCUUCUUCUUGGGGGAAAAUCUUGUCAAGUGCACGAUACAAUUGGCCUCGAAGGAGGGCGAUGGGGCUUCCUUCCAGCCAGAAGAGCCGAGAAGCGGCUCAAAACGUACUUGAAGAGAUCGAGAGAACCGUGGCACCUUCUGGUAUACUGCAUGCCGGGAAGCCGAGGCCUGAGUAAACCGCAUGCACGCAACUAUAAGAAGUUCAAGUCAGUGGCGGACAAACUAGCGGUGCCGGUCGUGGUGGUGGUUACCAAUCUGGAGGAUUUCAAAGGUCCUAUGGAGAAUUGGUGGUGGGAGAAUCUGGAUAUACUCGAAAGGCUCGGUAUUCCGGCGACUACUGAACAUGCAUGCAUCACUGCACUACCCAAGGAUGAACUUAAGAACGGAGGACAACUUCACGAUGAUUCCUGUCAGGCUGUCAAAACUCUUAUCAGAAACAUUAUUUGGCCCAGCAGUGACAGGGCCAUCGGUGACAGGCCCAUCAGUGACAGGCCCAUCGGUGAUAGGUCCAACAGUGUCAAUCCAUCUUUAGACUUCGACGAUGUCGAUGAGCUCUCGUCAGGGUUUUUUGACGACAUGCCAGCCGAUGUCGUCAAUGAUUCCUCUGCAAAUGAACUCCUCGCUCGCCUUUCCUCGCUCCACCGCUCUCGACCCAAAAAUGGUGAAGCGACAGAACUUCCGCAACCCUCAAGGCUUUCGGCGUCCCAUUCACACUCGCUCAUCACUCGCCUGUCGUCGUUCAUUCACCGCUCUUCACCUGAAAACGAUGUAUCCGAUGAACUUCAGCAAUCCUCUACGCCUUCAUUGUUAGAUCCGCACGUGCUCCUAGCUCGCCUUUCCUCAUUUUUGCCUCGACCUCGACUCGGCACCAACGAAGAAGCCGAAUCACAUCCCACGAUGUCUCCAUAGAACUCCCCCAAUACUCAAGCCGUGUUCGUGUUGUCGAAGUGGCUGCAGUGCGGGACAGGCAGACUUUGAUUGUUGCUCAGGGGCCACACUUCCAGAAAGCAAAACGAGCAUAUGAGAAACAAACCCAGUUGCACAGCCAAGCUCAGGCAUCGUCACCGUGCACCCAACCUGCUGCUGCCUCAAUAUCUGCGAUACCUUCUGCUCCAGCAGGUACAGCAGCCGCACAGUCACUAGUAAUCCAAUGGUGGACCCAGAUCGUGCU